AGUGAUUCUGAAGAUGCUUUAACUAAAUUGCCUAAAGGAAUAACUCCUAUUUCGGAGGACGAUUACUUUUCAAAAUCAGCUGAAUUUCGUACUUGGCUUAGAGAAAAAAAAGAUAAAUUUUUCGAUGAAUUGUCUUCUGAGCAAUCACGCCGAUAUUUUAAGAAAUUUGUUAGUGCUUGGAAUAAAUAUAAAUUAAACAAGAAAUAUUAUGAUGGUAUGAGAUCAUCACAACUGACAAGCUCAGAGACAACACGAUAUAAAUGGAAACAUUUGAAAAUUAAUCAGGAUGAACUUGAAACUAUCAAAAAUUCUGUGGACCGACAAACUAACGUAAAAUUCGCGUCCGAGGUACAGUUAAGAUCAAGUGGGAUUAGAAAUGAUAAGCCUAAAAAGAUCAUUGGACCGUCUAUGCCACCUGUUCGAGGGUCAGCUGAUUAUAACGAAGAUAUGGAUCAAGAGGACAAGGAACGAUAUGAGCGAGCACUACGAAAAAAAGAUCGUAAAAAUUUUCAAGCAACACGUGAAAUGGUUCUUGAUGAAUUAGUGCCUAAGGCUACAGGUAAAGAAGCACUUAUAGAAAAGAAAAGAGCUCGGAAUAGUUAUUAUAGAAAGGAAGCAAGCCCAGAUAUUGAAUUGAAUGAAAGUGAUCUAAUGGGUGGUGAUGACUAUGAAUCUAGAGCUCAAAAACGAUCUAAAGAGACACGUGAUCAAAGGAAACGAGAUUAUAAUGCAGAAAAGGCAGCAAGUAUGAAAGAAAAAGUUAACGCAUAUCAUUCAAAAGAACAGGAAACAUUGGAAAUGUUUAGACAGAUGGCAGAACAGCAGAGAAAAGCAGGGGGUGGGUUGUGGGGCCAGCCAAAUUCGUAA